AUGCAGAAAGACAAGUACAUCAUGCUGCGAACCUAUUCAGGCGAGACCAAUUACACCAAGUAUCUUCCGGUGCACUGUAAAUCAUUACCCCACGUGUGCCGCCUUAUCGAUGAAUAUCUGGUGGACUCUAUAAAUCCACAGGUCCUUCAAGACGCAUGUGAACAUGGAGCAUCAAGUGACGACCUCGAGUUCAUUCGGAAGAGGACAGCUCCAAAAUGGACGAAUGUGGUAAAAGCAGCAGCUAGAGGCGGAUAUUUACACGUGUUUGAGUGGAUGUUAGAACGGCAAGACGGUUGUUGUCCGUGGGAGGUUGAUCUUAGAGAUGUUCUUGCAGAGGCUGCUGCACAUGGUCAUCUCGAGCUUAUGAAGUGGCUAUAUAGUCGAGGUAUUGACAAUGUUGGCAACAAAGUGUUUGAUCGAGCUGCUACUGAAGGACAUCUUUCGAUUGUGCAAUGGUUGAACAAACAUACCAGACUUACUGGACCUAGUGAUAUACUUAGUGGUGCCGCUAGAAACGGUCACUUGGAAGUUGUGCAGUGGUUAUACGAGAACGUUUGUAGGGAACAGAUGGCAUCAGCAAUGGCUUCAGCCGCAAUAAAUGGACAUCUAGAAAUACUACAAUGGCUACACCAACAAGUUUGUUGUGAUGGUGUGUGCACCACUAGUAUCAUGGAUGUGGCAGUCAGUGGCGGUCACUUCGAUGUCGUCAAGUGGUUGUUUGAGAAUUGCAACGCUGGCUGCUCCGAGCGCGCUGCUGAAACGGCUGCCUCUAACGGAGAUUUGGCCAUGCUGCAAUGGCUACAUCAACAUUUUCGUGUGAAAUGUCAUUCGAAUGUAAUGGAUCAUGCGGCAAUGGGGGGUCAGCUUCAUGUACUCAAGUGGCUGCACGAACAAGGAUACGAUGGAUGUACAGCGAAUGCGACGGAUGCGGCUGCAGAACACGGACGUCUUGAUAUUGUGCAAUGGCUGCACGAGAAUCGAAAUGAAGGAUAUCCGAAGGAUGCGAUGAUUCAGUUAUGGAUUGGCCAGUCUGCCGCGGCCAUUUGGAGGUGGUCAAGUGGCUAG